AUGCACAUCAAAAGCAUCGUGCUCGCACUGAGCUGUGCCUCUGUCGCACUCGGACAACUGGCAGACGCUACAGCCUAUCCCAUUGGCCCUUUAACUUCAUACGAUGACAAAUGGGCGACAAAGGUUUGUGAUAUCACGCACUAUGGAGCUGUAGCCGAUGGCAAGACCGACGCCGGCCCAGCUAUUCUUGCCGCUUUUGAGGCAUGCGCUUCUGGUGGUGUAGUUAAUAUUCCACUAGGAACAUUUGCUAUGGCUACCUGGGUCACAUUGAAGGGCGGAAACGCAUGGGCCAUUAACUUGGAUGGUAUACUUGUGCGAACUGGCACUGCUGGAGGAAACAUGAUUUAUAUUGUGCAUAGCACUGAUUUUGAGAUCUACUCUUCCCGUGGCGUGGGUGCGAUCCAAGGCUACGGGUACCAAUUCCACAAGCAAGGACAAUAUGGUCCGCGUCUCUUGCGUCUUUACGAUGUUACAAAUUUUGCGAUUCAUGAUAUUGCUUUUGUUGACUCCCCUGCUUUCCAUUUGACCCUCGACACUUGCAACCAGGGAGAGGUAUACAACAUGAUUAUCAGGGGUGGUAACAAGGGUGGUCUUGAUGGUAUUGACUUGUGGGGAUUCGACAUCUGGGUGCAUGAUGUGGAAGUCACCAACAAGGAUGAAUGCGUUACCGUUAAAAACCCAUCCAAUCAUAUUCAAGUUGAAAACAUUUACUGCAAUUGGUCUGGAGGUUGUGGUAUGGGUUCAUUAGGCAAUGACACCAACAUCUCGAAAAUUCUCUACAACAAUAUUUACACUGUGAAUUCCAAUCAGAUGUUUAUGUUCAAGAGCAAUGGUGGAUCGGGGGAAGUAACGGAUGUCACACUCCAAAACUUUAUCGGACACGAAAAUGCAUAUUCACUUUACCUUAAUGCAUACUGGUCCGGCUUGGCUAGUCAAGGAGGAAGCGGCAUUCUCUAUAAUUCCAUCACGUUUAACAACUGGAAAGGAACAUGUGCAAAUGGGGCUCAACGACCUCCACUAUACGUCUGGUGCCCUUCGACAAACGCUUGUACCAACAUUAUCAUCGAGGAUUUUAACAUGUGGACCGAAUCCGGUAGCACCGAGUAUUACAAGUGUGCCAAUGCUUGGGGCUCGGGUUAUUGUCUUCAUGCAGGGACACAACACACCCAGUAUGGAACUGUGACCUCUACAGUCACAUCCGCACCUUCAGGAUAUGCAGCAACAACGAUGCCAGGGAAGAUCACCGCCGGCUUGGGAAUUACCACACCAAUUGCUAUUCCGACCGUUCCUAACUCCUUUUACCCAGGUGCUACACCAGCCACGCCCCGAGUUUAUGCCGGCUAG